AUGGUUAAGUUUCCUCAUUUAAUAUUCCUUGGAUUUUAUUGUUCUCUAAGUGCUGCAUACAAGAAUCGUUUAUACACAAUUGCAAAAAUUGAUGAUAGCAGGAAUAGAGAAUAUAAAUGUCUUGAGUAUCAAAGUGUUACAAUUCAAUUACCGUUGGCGAGAACGAACUCUGAAAAUGAAACGUUUCUUAAUUUAAAUUCAACUGAAGCGUCGUCCGAUGUUUAUGGCACUGAAAAAAUUACAGAUCCCUUUGAUCAAUUUCAAAGCUAUCUCCAUAAAUUUCUUUAUGGUGAAAACGUAGAAGUGGAUGAUACCGAAAAAUCCGAUAUUUUUCUAUCACAUAAAAAUACUUCCGACGACUUGAGGAAUUAUGUCGCUGGCAAUUUUAUGAGAGCUGAAUUAUUUAACAAUAAAAGAGGCGUCCACCUCCCUCCGCUAGAACUUCUGCAUCGUGGACAUUGUGAAUUAAAUAUAACAAGAGAUUUGAUGCAGACGGCUGUUAAUGCAUUCGCCAUCUUUCUUUACGGCACACUUAGUGAUAUUGUGCGAUUACCAGCCGACUAUGUUAUUAAAUCCGCUCGAACCAUUUCAAUGAUGAAGAUAGCGCGAGAAAAGCUUGCAGCUACUUGGCUAGUGGUACGUCAAGGGAAACCUACCCGCAUGAUUUCACAUAAUACCUUAGAACUGUACCGGCCAUUGUUUAAAUACGUUACUGGGAGAGAAAUGGCCAGACUUAAUUUAAGUGAUGAAAGGAUUCUGACUUAUAUUGGCACCCACGCUGAUCUGGACAGACAUCAGGUAGGCGUGGUAGCUAGUAAGUAUAUUAAAAUGAACAAGUAUUGGUCCGAGCCAAAAUAUUUAAACCUUAUGAAUAACUUACUGUGUGGCGUCCCGAUGACCUUCAUGAGAAAAAUCCCUGAGAACACGUACUUACAACUAUCGCAUCAGGUCUUUUAUCAUAUUCGAGCAUGCGAUCCUUUACAACGUCGAUUUUAUUAUGCUAUGAUGAGCAAGACACAGGCGUUCGGUAAAUCUUACAGUUGGAAUGCAAGAGAUGUUUCGCGAUUAGGCCUACUUUUAGCGGAAGUGGACGGUUCAGAUCUAAGUGCUAUUAACCCUGAAGCUAUGGCAGGAAUCACUGCUCAAGUGAUGAUGGUAAUGUCACCGCAAAAUUUGCAACAUUUAUCGGAAUUGCAAUUGCAAUAUAUUGGACCGAAGCCUCUCAAUAUACUCGCCCGAAAACUGAAGAUUUACUAUGACCAACUUUACCUCUUUAAUAAAUACUCGUUCAUUUCUGUCGGUAUUUUUAUAAUAUUGGUAUUAUUUAAGACGCUAGGCUCAAAUUUAGAAUUAUUUACUAUUUCAAUGUCUUGA